AUGGCUCCUCUGCACGACUCUCCCGUCCCCGUCCUCCCUCCCCUCCCUACCCCUCUCUCCGUCUUCGACCUCUACUUCGGCUCUCGCUCCCUCGCUUCCUGCCCGCCCUCCGACCCCUCAUGCCUCUUCCUUGACUGGAGCACAGUGGGCUUGGACCAAGAGAGCAGUGGCGGCAGAGCGUCAGACGAGGAGGAUGAAGUUACGCAGCAGGAGAGUGAUACAGAAGACAUGGAUGGAGACUGCAGGCACGAGUGCAGGGCGAUAUGGGUGGCUGCAUACGGUAAGCAUGGUCACGAUAGGGAUCAGCAAGAGACGGCGAUGAUAAAACAGAUGCAGAGGAGCAAAGCAUGUCUAGGGAGACAGUGA